AUGAGUCAAGACGAUAUACUUCAAUCAACAAAAUCUGUUAUUCAAGGUCUUGAUGCACUCAAGAAUGAACAUGGCAAAAUGCUUGAAAAUAUUGUUAAUUCUACGCAUAAAUUAUCACCUAUAGAAACAAAUAAAUUAGAAGAAAAAGUUGGUUUACUUAGAAAAUCAAUGGAUAUGAUUGAAUUAGGUAUUGGUGAAGCUCAAGUUAUGAUGCAAUUAGGUAAUCAUUUACAAAAUUUAGAAGCUGAAAAACAUAAAUUACGUACACAAGUUAAACGUUUAUGUCAAGAAAAUGCAUGGCUACGUGAUGAAUUAGCAUCAACACAAAAAAAAUUACAUGAAUCAGAACAAAUAAAUGCUUCACAUGCUGUUGAAAUUGAACAUUUAAAAUUUUUAAAAGAUGUUAAACAAUAUGAUAUUGAUAAUGAAAAUAUAAAUACACAAACAACAUCAAGUACAAAUCUAAAUAAUAUAAAUCGUUCAAAUAAUGGACAAGAUCUUGUCAAUGAUUUAUUUCCAUCUGAUGAUAAUGAUAGUGGACAAGAUAUUUAUGGUGAUCAACAAGAUAUUGGUGCAGGUAAUCAACAAGAUAAUUCAAGAAAAUUUGGUUCCUAUGCUGAUCUUAUCAUGUCACCAUCACAAUCAGCUACUGGAUCAUUUAUAUCAACAACUGGAUAUGAAAUACCAGCUAGAUUAAAAACUUUACAUAAUUUAGUUAUACAAUAUGCUUCACAAGGUCGUUAUGAAGUUGCUGUACCUUUAUGUCGACAAGCACUUGAAGAUCUUGAAAAGACUUCAGGACAUCAACAUCCUGAUGUUGCUACUAUGCUAAAUAUACUUGCACUUGUUUAUCGAGAUCAAUCGAAAUUUAAAGAAGCAAGUGCAUUACUUAAUGAUGCAUUAGCUAUACGAGAAAAAACUCUUGGACCUGAUCAUCCAGCUGUAGCAGCAACAUUAAAUAAUUUAGCUGUUCUCUAUGGUAAACGUAAUAAAUUCAAAGAAGCAGAACCACUUUGUAAACGUGCUCUUGAAAUUCGUGAAAAAUGUUUAGGUACAUCACAUCCUGAUGUUGCUAAACAAUUAAAUAAUUUAGCAUUACUCUGUCAAAAUCAGAGUAAAUAUGAUGAAGUUGAAUCAUAUUAUAAACGUGCAAUUGAUAUAUAUACAAAAAGUUUGGGUCCAGAUGAUCCAAAUGUUGCUAAAACAAAAAAUAAUCUUGCAUCAGCUUAUCUUAAACAACAAAAAUAUAAAGAUGCUGAACAAUUAUAUAAAGAUGUUUUAACACGUGCACAUGAAAAAGAAUUUGGAUCAUCACCACAAGAUUUAUUAACAGCAACAGCAAUGACAACAUCAACAAGCGGUGGUCCAUAUGAUGCACAAGGUGGUUGGUAUAAAACAAUACGUGCUGAUACACCAACAGUAACAACAACAUUGAAAAAUCUUAGUUUACUUUAUCGAAGACAAGGACGUUAUGAAGCAGCUGAUACAUUAGAAAAUUGUGCAUCACGUGCUCGAAAAGAUCCACAAGCUAUUAUACAAGCACUUAAUAUAAUUAAACAAAUUAAUAAUCCAUCAUAA